UUGAAGCUGGCCGUGAAGGACAUGCUGGGUUUGUGGGCAGCUUAAUCCAAAUGCUCGGGGACUCGCUGCCAGAGGAGAUUCGGGAGCUGGCGCUGCGAGGGGCGCAGUGGGUACCAGCCGCCGUCUCUUCUCGCCUGCCCUGACCACCCGAGCCGGCACAGUGCCCCUCCUUUCUCUCCGUCCCCUCCCCUGCUGUGUCUUCCUUACGGUGCCACCUGAGGAGUGCUACAAGCAUUGGUUUGUGGCUCUCUCGGGAGCGUGUAAGCUCCAUGCUGGCAGGGCCUCUGGUUCACCCUGGGUAGCGGGUGUAAUCGGUGCCCUGGCUCACCCCGUCUGCCCCACCAUCCUCAGUGCACCACAGCCCACAGCGUGCUUGGCCUCAGCUGCCAGCAUCUGCAUGAUCGCUCCCUCCUGCUGUGCGUGCUCUGCAAGUAUUGGCGUCAGCAGGAGGGAAUGAAGAAGAAAUUACCACACAUGCAAACACACAGCCCAGCAGCCUGUCCACAUUCCAAGUUCCACGGGGAUAGAGGAGUGGUGGGGUGUCCUCAGCCAGGAGGGCAGGGGCAGGAAUGCUGAAAGAAGUGGCAGAAAGUGGAACUUUGGGGAGAGGGUGGUUAUUAAGGACAGCCUGCUGACCAGGAGAGAGACAAGCCUGGCACUGGGAGAGAUGAUAUAAGCUACAAUCCCAGGCACCCUGCUCGCACGCAAGCCCCGGGAUCUUGGGCAAGUCACCUGACUUCUCUGAGCUUCAGUUCCCUGCUGGCGUGAGGGUGUUAACCCACUUGCUCUGCCUGCCUCCAGGGUCACUGGAGGACGACAUGAGGUGACACACAGAUAGACAGAAAGAAGGAGCGUUUCCCCAGUGACCUGGCCUGCCACCGGAAGGGCAAGAACAACACUGGCCUGCCCGCAGCUGGAAGCUCUGCACCAGUCUGGCCCACAGCAGGCUGGGGGAAGAAUAGGAGCUAAUCACAGGCUGGGUUGUAAACUGCAGGGACGGGCACCUCUCCCCAGGCAGGAAACCUCUACACUGGCUCCAUCUGCCAUAGUCCCGGCCACGAGCAGGGCCUUCCUGCCCCCUGGUGGGCACAUUAGGAGGUGCAUCUGUUCUCGCAGACCGGCUGCAGGCAGAGUGACCGACACUAACAGCAAGGCCUACACGUUGCAGAGUGCCACGGUGCACCAGAGACUGUGCUAACUCUGUCGUCAUACGGAAUUCUCAGCGGGCCUCCAAGCGGCCCCAGUUGCACAUGCAACCACAGCCAUGAACUUGGAGCAUCUACUAAGGGCCCACUCUAUGAAGAACUUCACACGGGGCCCUCAGCGUUGGAGACGGGAGGCCAGAAAGAGAAUGAGGAAAUGUUUCCCUGGCUUUGGAGGCACUGACGGUCUGAGGCAGGAGCAGAAGCAAAGAAAGAUCCUGGGAAGGCUCACGAAGGAAUUUCUGUGCAGCCUGCAAGCUGGGGGACAUGUGUGGACCAGACAGAGGGCUGAUCGCUACUCAGGAUCGGGGAGAGAAAUCGGCAUCACGGAGGUUACACAGCGAGUCAGGAGCAAGUCACGCAGGGCCCCAGCGGCCCCAGUUGCACAUGCAACCACAGCCAUGAACUUGGAGCAUCUACUAAGGGCCCACUCUAUGAAGAACUUCACACGGGGCCCUCAGCGUUGGAGACGGGAGGCCAGAAAGAGAAUGAGGAAAUGUUUCCCUGGCUUUGGAGGCACUGACGGUCUGAGGCAGGAGCAGAAGCAAAGAAAGAUCCUGGGAAGGCUCACGAAGGAAUUUCUGUGCAGCCUGCAAGCUGGGGGACAUGUGUGGACCAGACAGAGGGCUGAUCGCUACUCAGGAUCGGGGAGAGAAAUCGGCAUCACGGAGGUUACACAGCGAGUCAGGAGCAAGUCACGCAGGGCCCCAGCGGCCCCAGUUGCACAUGCAACCACAGCCAUGAACUUGGAGCAUCUACUAAGGGCCCACUCUAUGAAGAACUUCACACGGGGCCCUCAGCGUUGGAGACGGGAGGCCAGAAAGAGAAUGAGGAAAUGUUUCCCUGGCUUUGGAGGCACUGACGGUCUGAGGCAGGAGCAGAAGCAAAGAAAGAUCCUGAGAAGGCUCACGAAGGAAUUUCUGUGCAGCCUGCAAGCUGGGGGACAUGUGUGGACCAGACAGAGGGCUGAUCGCUACUCAGGAUCGGGGAGAGAAAUCGGCAUCACGGAGGUUACACAGCGAGUCAGGAGCAAGUCACGCAGGGCCCCAGCGGCCCCAGUUGCACAUGCAACCACAGCCAUGAACUUGGAGCAUCUACUAAGGGCCCACUCUAUGAAGAACUUCACACGGGGCCCUCAGCGUUGGAGACGGGAGGCCAGAAAGAGAAUGAGGAAAUGUUUCCCUGGCUUUGGAGGCACUGACGGUCUGAGGCAGGAGCAGAAGCAAAGAAAGAUCCUGAGAAGGCUCACGAAGGAAUUUCUGUGCAGCCUGCAAGCUGGGGGACAUGUGUGGACCAGACAGAGGGCUGAUCGCUACUCAGGAUCGGGGAGAGAAAUCGGCAUCACGGAGGUUACACAGCGAGUCAGGAGCAAGUCACGCAGGGCCCCAGCGGCCCCAGUUGCACAUGCAACCACAGCCAUGAACUUGGAGCAUCUACUAAGGGCCCACUCUAUGAAGAACUUCACACGGGGCCCUCAGCGUUGGAGACGGGAGGCCAGAAAGAGAAUGAGGAAAUGUUUCCCUGGCUUUGGAGGCACUGACGGUCUGAGGCAGGAGCAGAAGCAAAGAAAGAUCCUGAGAAGGCUCACGAAGGAAUUUCUGUGCAGCCUGCAAGCUGGGGGACAUGUGUGGACCAGACAGAGGGCUGAUCGCUACUCAGGAUCGGGGAGAGAAAUCGGCAUCACGGAGGUUACACAGCGAGUCAGGAGCAAGUCACGCAGGGCCCCAGCGGCCCCAGUUGCACAUGCAACCACAGCCAUGAACUUGGAGCAUCUACUAAGGGCCCACUCUAUGAAGAACUUCACACGGGGCCCUCAGCGUUGGAGACGGGAGGCCAGAAAGAGAAUGAGGAAAUGUUUCCCUGGCUUUGGAGGCACUGACGGUCUGAGGCAGGAGCAGAAGCAAAGAAAGAUCCUGAGAAGGCUCACGAAGGAAUUUCUGUGCAGCCUGCAAGCUGGGGGACAUGUGUGGACCAGACAGAGGGCUGAUCGCUACUCAGGAUCGGGGAGAGAAAUCGGCAUCACGGAGGUUACACAGCGAGUCAGGAGCAAGUCACGCAGGGCCCCAGCGGCCCCAGUUGCACAUGCAACCACAGCCAUGAACUUGGAGCAUCUACUAAGGGCCCACUCUAUGAAGAACUUCACACGGGGCCCUCAGCGUUGGAGACGGGAGGCCAGAAAGAGAAUGAGGAAAUGUUUCCCUGGCUUUGGAGGCACUGACGGUCUGAGGCAGGAGCAGAAGCAAAGAAAGAUCCUGAGAAGGCUCACGAAGGAAUUUCUGUGCAGCCUGCAAGCUGGGGGACAUGUGUGGACCAGACAGAGGGCUGAUCGCUACUCAGGAUCGGGGAGAGAAAUCGGCAUCACGGAGGUUACACAGCGAGUCAGGAGCAAGUCACGCAGGGCCCCAGCGGCCCCAGUUGCACAUGCAACCACAGCCAUGAACUUGGAGCAUCUACUAAGGGCCCACUCUAUGAAGAACUUCACACGGGGCCCUCAGCGUUGGAGACGGGAGGCCAGAAAGAGAAUGAGGAAAUGUUUCCCUGGCUUUGGAGGCACUGACGGUCUGAGGCAGGAGCAGAAGCAAAGAAAGAUCCUGAGAAGGCUCACGAAGGAAUUUCUGUGCAGCCUGCAAGCUGGGGGACAUGUGUGGACCAGACAGAGGGCUGAUCGCUACUCGGGAUCGGGGAGAGAAAUCGGUAUCACGGAGGUUACACAGCGAGUCAGGAGCAAGUCACGCAGAGCCCCAGGUGUCUCAGCUGUCUACUCCAAGGACGGUGCCCCGUGACUCAAGGAUUCCCGAUGCCAGGUGGGAUGACAGCCUGGGCAAGCAGUGGCUGUUUGGUGCCCAGGGGAGCUGGUGCUGACACACAGCUCAGUCUUAGAAGAGACCCCGUGCUCCAUGUUUGCGUGGAAGCCAGGGACCUGCUCACCCUCAUGGGACCCCUGCGGCUCACAUCAGGAAUGCCUCGGUGGAGGGACCCAGGGGACCUCCCCAGCAACGACAGAAAAUUUCUCAUGAGGGGGAACUUCGAGUUAGAUUUAGAAGAUUAAAGUACCAUUACUUUCUUCUCCCAGAAUGUUGGAAACUGCAGUUUCUUGGGGACCUGUGUUGGGGAGAGGACUUCAGUUUGUACCCUCUCCUCCAUGAGCUUAUGUCACCACCACUUUCCUGAGCACUUUUCUCAUGUGGCCUUCUGAAACGGGCUUCCUGAGCCCAGUCUGAGAGCUGAAGGGGGUGAGGCUGUCUGCAGGCAGGGCUGGGAGGAGCCCAGGUCAGCUCCGUGUGGGCAGUGCCUUCGCAGCUGCUGGUGGGGGGGGGGGGAGGAACAGACACGAUGCCAGGAAACUCACAGCCUCUCCUGCUCCAGCCCAGCUUUUCCCCAUCCUGGUUCCUGGAUGCUUCUCGAAUCAGCAGACCAUAGCAUGUCCUCACUCCUUUUACUCCUCUGCUCCUCAGGCACCCCCCAGUAACAGGAAGCAGGGUGUGGCCUGGUGAUGGACUUAGGGACACGGAGCCAGGUUAGGAAGGCUGCACGCACUGGGGAGCUUGGGGUGUGGGACUCUUGCCCCUCUCGGCAGCCCUCCUCCCAGGCCUCCCCCUCCUGCAGGGCCCAGGUGACGCGCUUCUGCUCGAGGUCCGGGAUGCUGCCUCCUCCUGGGACCUGCUCCACCAGCUGCCGGAGGCUCGCCCUAGGGAUGGAGGACCUCUCGAGAGGCCUCCCUGGAGGAGAUGGGAGAAAGGGAAGUGGGCCCUCCUGCUCGCCGCGGGUGGAGCACGAUGCCCUUCCCUCUCCCCCUGGUGGGCAAGCUUGUCUCAGAGCUGCCAGCAAGCAGGACUUUGGGAUUUUCUACUGGAAUCUGGAGGCAGUGUGAGUGGACCCCCUGGGAAGUGGGCAGGGGAUCCCCGGGGAAGCUGGGAGUGCCUCCAGAAGGAAGAACGGGACAGGGUUCCUUGACCAGAGCAGGGCCCAUGUGAGGGGCUCUGCGACCUUUAUUUGGGGAAACAAAAGUCCAAGUAGAGACUGAGGAAAGCAGCGAGGCAGGUGAGCUCCCCAGGUCUCUGAGUCCCCCCCACCCUUCCUCCGUCCCGCCAGGCC